AGAGUUAGGGCAUUCCUGAAACAAAGUAUCAAAGCAGAAUAAAGUAAGAAAAACAAUUUCCUGUAUUUCUAUUUUGUUGCAAGUGAAGAUCCAAGUUGAGUUUUUUCCUCUCUGUCUUUCACUUACAUGGAGAAGGAAUUUCCUGUACCCUCUAUAUCCUCCACCAAUCCAUUCUCAUGUAUAGAUACACACUUCUAGUGAGAGAGAGAGAGAGAGAGAGAGAGAGAGAGAGAGAGAGAGAGAGAGAGAUAAAACACAUAAAAGAGAGGACAAAUUGAAUUUGAGACGAGACAUAAAUACACACACACAUACAUUUGGUGCUUCCUUACUGCUCGUCUCAUACAUAUAGAGUCAUAGAGAGAGAGAAAGGGAUACUUUUUUGUUAGAGAGAGAGAGAGAGAGAAUGGGGAGAGGGAGAGUGGAGCUGAAGAGGAUAGAGAACAAGAUCAAUCGACAGGUGACCUUCUCGAAGAGGAGAAAUGGUUUGCUGAAAAAAGCCUACGAACUUUCCAUGCUCUGCGAUGCCGAGGUGGCUCUCAUCAUCUUCUCCAGCCGCGGCAAGCUCUACGAAUUCGGCAGCGCCGGUAUGACCAAAACCCUUGAGAAGUAUCAACGUUGCUCCUUCAAUCCUCAAGACAACACUGUGGAACAUGAAACCCAGAGCUGGUUCCAAGAGGUAUCCAAGUUAAGGGUGAAGUACGAAUCGCUUCAGCGCACUCAAAGGCACUUGCUUGGAGAAGAUCUAGGACCCCUGAGUGUAAGGGAGUUGCAGAAUCUGGAGAAACAGCUGGAAGGAGCUCUUACCCAAACUAGGCAAAGAAAGACACAGAUUAUGAUAGAUCAAAUGGAAGAGCUCAGGAGAAAGGAGCGUCAGCUUGGAGACAUGAACGAGCAGCUGAAGAUGAAGGUUUCGCUAGAGUUGUCAUCGCUCCAGGCAGAAGGGCAAGGUCUUAGACCCCUUCCAUUCCCGUGGAAUUCUGCAAAUGCAUCAGCUGGAAACACCAGCUUUGCUCUUCACCCUUGUCAAUCCAAUCCCAUGGACUGCGACAAUAAUGAACCAGUCUUGCAAAUAGGGUAUCAGUAUGUUCAUGGUGAAUCAUCUGUUCCAAGGAGCAUGGCUGGUGAGAGUAACAUGGUCCAGGGUUGGGUGCUUUGAAGUCUAUCUGAACUUUUUUAAAUGUACACCUAUAUAUAUAUAUAUAUAUAUAUAUAUAUAUGACUUCAUAGAGUAUGUUCUUGCUUGUUUGUGUAAUAAUAACCAUAUAAAAGAAUGGUUUAUGGUUUUAUCUCUUUGCAAUGUAGUAUUUCACACAUAUCUACUAAAUGCAAUCUGUGAGCUAGUGUUCUCUUAUCCACCCCAUCAUGGGGAUGGAUUACAAGUUUUUGCAUUAUCAGUAGAGUAUAUUUAGGCAAAUGUAACUGUUAGAUGGUCAUAUGUUACAUCUAUUAUAUAUUACUACUCUAUUAUAAAGGGAGCACUUCUUUUGGUGUAAA